UAGUACGAAAGACGUAGAAACGACCGGAAAUGUACAAACGUUGACCGAGCAAGCUAACAGUGAGCUAACAUUUAGAUUUGUUUUUGACCAACCGCAUCGUUUUAAAUCAAACAGAGUGACCAUGGUUUGUGAAAAGUGUGAGAAGAAGCUUGGUAAAGUCAUCACACCUGACACGUGGAAGGAUGGAGCACGGAAUACAACAGAGGGCGGUGGGCGUAAGCUAAAUGAAAAUAAGAUCCUCACAUCUAAGAAAGCCAGGUUUGACCCGUACAGCAAGACAGGCUUUGCUACCUGCAGGAUCUGCAAGAGCUCAGUUCAUCAGUCUGGAUCACAUUACUGUCAGGGCUGUGCAUACAAAAAAGGAAUCUGUGCAAUGUGUGGAAGGAAAGUUUUGGACACCAAGAACUACAAACAGACAUCAGUGUGACAGCGUGACGAUCAGUGAACAGUUCUACGAGUGAAUAACCGAUGUGAGAUGGAUGUUUAUGUUUGUCAUCGUUCCACAAUGUCCUGCUCACCAUACAGCUGUAGCUCUUUUGUGCUAUUUUUCCCACCUUUGUGAACGAGAGAGAUUAGUAGCUGGCUUUGCCCUCUUAUUAGAGAAUAUCACAUGAUGCCACUUAAGUUAUUACAGUGGCCGUACGCAGGGAAGCACCGUUGUAUCCAAAUACACCACCAGUCAUCACCUGUUUCUCAAGUCCAGGCUUCUAGAUUUGUUUGUAUAUUUUAAAUUCAAUACAUAAGGCUUUGAUUCUUUGCUGUUUAUAAAAAGUUAUUUUCUGUACGUAAUAUAUCAAGUGUUGCAUUUUUAAGUGAAUUAAACCAUUCAAGAUGAAGAACACGUGACAGGAUUAUAUUUUACCCCUGUCUGACGCCAUAAAGGGUAACAUUUUAACCUCUUACGCACAACAUACUCAUAUUUCCCCUGUAUGCCUGUAAUAAUUGGUUUUCUCUUAUAUAAUCAUAUUUGGAAACUGCACGCUGUGCUGCCCGUGUCACCCCCCACCCAUCCCUCCCUCCUCCAUUGCUGUCGGAGAUAAAAGUUACAGUUCACUCUGACGACAGACUCCUUUUGAUAUCUAAAGGCCUUGCUCUCCCUUAGACCUGCAGCCACAUGUACACACACGUGUCUCAUUAUUGGUUUAUGUUGUUGUACCACUGCAAUAAAACAACAUCAGUCUCUAGCUAAUACAUGUAAUAUACAGUAGGUAAUAUUGGGAUGUAGCAAAUAAGUCGGAAUAACUUUCCAAAGGAAGUUAUUUAAAAUAAAUGGUCUACUUUGAUUACAAGUGA